CCGCUGCCGAGAGCGGCGAGGGGCGGCGAGCGGCGGCCGGAGGAUGCAGGCGGGGCGGGCGGCGGCGGGCUGCCGUUCCCGGGUCGGGCAGCUAGAGAGCAGUGCAGGGAGCGAAAUCCCGGCCGAGGAGCCCCUGCGCGGCGGCGGCCGGGCGCUGGGAGCUCCCUUCCUGUCGGGGGCGGCUCUGGGCCGGAGGCCGUGAGAGAGGAGCGGAGCGGCGGCGGAGGCCCGGGCCGGCUCCCCUCCGCCCCCCGCUGCCCCUCUUCCCAUGGCGGAGACUAAAAUCAUUUACCACAUAGACGAGGAGGAGACGCCGUACCUGGUGAAGCUGCCCGUCCCGCCCGACCGAGUCACGCUGGCCGACUUCAAACAUGUCCUCAGCAACCGGCCCGUGCACAGCUACAAGUUCUUCUUCAAGUCCAUGGACCAGGACUUCGGGGUGGUAAAGGAGGAGAUCUCAGAUGACAAUGCAAAGCUACCUUGCUUCAAUGGAAGAGUGGUGUCCUGGCUGGUCCUGGCUGAAAGCUCCCACUCUGACACGGGCUCCCAGUGCACCGAGAGCCACGCAGACCUUCCGCCGCCCAUCGAGAGGACAGGUGGCAUCGGAGACUCUCGCCCUCCUUCCUUCCACCCAAACGCUGCCAGCAGCCGGGACGGCCUGGACAAUGAGACGGGAACAGAGUCAGUCAUUAGCCACCGGCGAGACAGGCACCGCCGCAGGAACAGAGAGGGGCACGAGGAGGUCCCUCGCAUCAAUGGCCACCCCAAGCUGGACAGACACCGUGAGCACCCUCCUGGCUACGACAGCUCUUCCACCAUGAUGAGCAGUGAGCUGGAAUCCAGCAGCUUCAUUGACUCCGAUGAUGAUGACAACACAAGCAGGCUGAGCAGCUCCACGGAGCAGAGCACUUCAUCGCGCCUCAUCCGCAAGCACAAGCGCAGGAGGAGGAAACAAAGGAUGCGGCAGAUUGACAGGUCGUCCUCCUUCAGCAGCAUCACUGAUUCGACCAUGUCCCUAAAUAUCAUCACUGUCACCCUCAACAUGGAAAAGUACAACUUCCUGGGAAUCAGCAUCGUAGGACAGAGCAAUGACCGAGGCGAUGGUGGCAUCUACAUUGGCUCCAUCAUGAAAGGAGGAGCUGUGGCAGCAGAUGGUCGAAUUGAACCAGGAGACAUGCUUCUGCAGGUGAAUGAUGUCAAUUUUGAGAACAUGAGCAAUGACGAUGCCGUGAGGGUGCUGCGGGAAAUCGUCUCCAAACCAGGACCCAUCAGCCUAACAGUAGCCAAAUGCUGGGACCCUACUCCCAGGAGUUACUUCACUAUCCCCAGGGCUGAACCAGUGAGGCCAAUCGACCCAGCAGCAUGGAUCUCUCAUACCACAGCCAUGACGGGAGCGUACCCCCGUUACGGUAUGAGCCCCUCCAUGAGCAUCACCACAUCUACCAGCUCCUCACUAACAAGCUCAAUUCCCGAGUCGGAAAAAUUAGAAGAAUCUCCCUUAACUGUGAAGAGUGACAUGGCUACAAUUGUCAAGGUUAUGCAGCUCCCAGACUCAGGCCUUGAAAUUCGGGACAGGAUGUGGUUAAAAAUCACCAUCUCCAACGCAGUGAUAGGGGCAGAUGUGGUUGACUGGCUCUACACACACGUGGAAGGCUUCAAAGACCGCCGUGAGGCUCGGAAGUACGCCAGCAGCAUGCUGAAACAUGGCUACCUCAGGCACACUGUGAACAAAAUCACCUUCUCUGAGCAGUGCUAUUAUGUCUUUGGAGACCUCUGUGGCAAUAUGGCUGCACUGAACCUUAACAAUGGUUCUAGCGGAGCCUCGGAUCAGGAUACCCUCGCUCCACUUCCACAUCCUGCUGCUCCCUGGCCUCUAGGCCAAGGAUACCCAUACCAGUAUCCUCUGCCCCCUCCGUGUUUCCCACCAGCAUACCAAGACCCAGGCUUCAGCUAUGGCAGUGGCAGUGCAGGGAGCCAGCAAAGUGAAGGAAGCAAAAGCAGCGGCUCGAACCGAAGCACCAGCGAGAACAGCAGGAGGGCCCUGGGCAGGGAGAAGGACCGCAAGUCGGCCGGCAGCGGCAGCGAGUCCGAGCACACCGCCCGCAGCGGCGGCGGCGCCAGCGCCGUGCGCCGGGAGAGACCUGGCAGCCAGCUCAGCCAGCGCAGCCACGGCUCCGCCGCGCACAGCGACCGCAGCCACCACAGCCACCACUCGUACGGGCCCCCGGGAGUCCCACCCCUCUACAGCCUCCCCAAACUGGGCUCCAAAGUCUACGGGACCAGCGGCCCCCCUGGAGGGCCCCCGGUGAGGGAACUGAGCUCGGUGCCUCCGGAGCUGACGGGCAGCCGGCAGUCCUUCCAGAAGGCCAUGGGCAACCCUUGCGAGUUCUUCGUUGACAUCAUUCACAUCUUAUAUGGAGCUUUGGUACUUGUGGCACCUCCUUCAGUGCAAUUCGUGUGUACCUUCUGGGGCUGAUUCAAGGACUCUGGGUGACAGAGCACUGGAACCAGCUGCCCAGGGAGGUUGUGGAGUCUCCCUCUCUGGAGAUAGUCAAGAACAGUCUGGAUGUGUUCCAGCGUGGUCUGCUCUGGGUGAUCCUGCUUUGGCAGGGGUGGCUGGACCAGAUGAGCUUCUGAGGUCCCUUCCAGCCCCUGCCAUUCUGUGACUCUUAUUUCACCUGACUUCUAAAUUUCCAAUAAUGCAUAGUAGCACUUUGUUUGUUGGUUUGGUUUUCCCUGCUUUUUUGUUCUCCUCCAAGGAAGAAAUGACUGUUGGUUGGUAUCUGUGAUACUGCCUCGGGAAUGCUGGUUCUAGGAUGCAUCAAUCAGCACUUCAGCAGGCACCUGCAAGCCUAAGGACAACUUCAUGCUUGGAAAGGAGCAGGCUCAAAGCGGUUCCUAGCAGAAGGCAAAGCUGUGGCUACCUUCUGCUGCUGCCUAGGGAGGAGAAGUCAAUCUUCUUUUCUUCCUUUUCUUUUUGUUUUAAGGUAUUACUCUGUCGAGGGAGUGGUGAAGUCUUGCUGCUGUAUGUGUUCAUUGUAAAGUUAGUGCAUUUCUUACCCACCACCACCGGGAGGUUGUGGCUUCUGUUCCUGGGCAUUUCAAGUCACCUCUUGCUCUGCUUCUCCUGCUUCUGCCACCCACUUGCAUACAGGUUUUAAAAGUUGCUUCCACAGAACUAGGACAGUUGCUGCUGCUGCUGCUGCUGCACAGUUCUGCCAGUGUGGGUGCAGCUUCUCCCUUUUGAAGAGGAUAUUUACUCCUAGGUAAAUCCUGCUCCCACUGGGACAUGGCUUUGGGUCCCCUCUUGUUCCCUUCUUAAUUUCUGAGCAGUAUCUUCCCUGCUUCUUUUGGCAAUAGACACCUGGAGAUGUCUGAUCCCAGUUGCAAUGUUACUUGAGGGGCCAUGUUCUGCACACAGAUGGGCACUAGCUAGGGGAGGGAGAGGGGCUGAGAACAGUUCACAAGUGGUACAAUGAAUGAAUCCUCACACCUGAGACAGAGCAAGACCUGUGCUAAAGCUUCUGCUGAGGAGCUUUGCCUUAGGCAACCGCUGUUGUCUGUCCCCCAAGGUUUCAUUCUAUGUGGUUUUCACUCUGGGGCUGUGGAUGCUUGCUAAAGCACAUUCAGGAACCUGCACUGAGCUUUGAGAAGGCUCUCUCAGGUACCUGAAUGAAGGCAUGGUAGGAGCAGCCCCACACUCUCUUCUGGUGGCUCAUGUAAUGGGCAGUGAGUGUGAAGUUGCAGUCACUUAGUGGCAUUUAACCAUGCCUCAGUUCAGUUCUCUUUUGUGUGAUGCCUGCUUCUGGCAGGUUUUAGGACAGGUGCUUUAAAAUCAGUCUUGACUGUAUAUAAAUACUCUCUUCCCUGGGAAGAAAACAACUUCUUUUUGUCACCUUCUUUAUGGGCAGUGUGAGUAUCCAGUGGGAAUGUCAAAAGAGAACUUGGCCUUUCCAGAUGCCUGUGGUUUCACUUUCCUUUGUCACCCUGCGGAGUUGCCCUUCCAACUGUCCCUCAUUGUGUGUUCAUUCAGAGAGGUUUUUCACUCCUCCUCUGGCUGCAGGUCUCUGGGUAAACAGAUCCCUGUUAGGAAAGUUCAGAGCAGCAUUUUCAGACGUCUGUGUGAAUUGGAGAUGGAAGUCUCAGGAGGCAGCUGGGUGCUUGGGAAGCUGUCAGUCAGGCUCACUGCUGCAGUCACUGAGCUUCUUAACCAGCUGAGUGCUUUGGGAGAGUUUUCUUGGCCAAAACCUCCCCAGAAGGCUGCAGCAGUUUUCACUGUCACCCAUCUGAUGGGCUAGCACAGACUGCAAAGUUGGUGAUGAACAGCACUACCUAAAGCCUGACCACACACCAGCAUCCUCCUUCCUUUUCCUUUCCUCCUCCCAGCAGCACAGCAAAGAUGUUCACAAAACUCGAGCUGACCUUGAAAGCAGUGAAACAAAUCAGGGUAAAAGAGGUCUCUCAUUCUGCUGUGUCUCUAGGAGAGACACUGUCAAGGAGUCUGUGGCUUUACUGACAAUCACCUGUGCUUCUGCUUUUCAAGUCUCAUUUGCUUCUUUUCUGGUCUCACUUUGGUUUGGUUUUAUUUUAUCUGAAGGCAGAACUCACAGAGCUGGAGGCAAAAAGAAAGCAAGGAGCUAUUUGAAUGAGGUAUUUCCAGAAGCUAUUUGAAUGAGGUAUUUCCAGAAGGGAUUGGAAGCUGAGGGUUGAGCUUUUCACCCGUGGAAGAAAAGCUGUUUCAUUUCCUUUUGUCCUGUUCAAGAGUUGCAGUUCCCACACCUGCUGAGGGCUGUUUUGCUUUCUCUUUUCGGUCUUGUUGUUAUGCUGUUAGCAGAAACUGUUCUGUGUCUUGCUGGUCUUUGCUGCUAUGUUGAAACGACUGUGUUAGAUACUUGUGUGUUUGUGGCUAACUCCGGAGUGAGGCUGACAGCCCAGAACAUGGGUGUGGGGGAAAGGAGUUUUCUCUUGCUGAGGACAUCAGGCUGCUGAAUCCAGCCUGAGCCAACUUCACCCACAAACAGGCAUCCAUUGCAGGCUGAGAGUGCUCUGAAGGGACUGUACAGCACACAGAGCCUGCUCUUGGCAAGGAGCAGCAGGAGAAUGUAGAUGCCCCUUCUGUGAACAGUGCAAUAUGGGAUGGCCACUGAGUGGAAAACAAAAGCUUGGUCUUCACCUUGUGGUGCACAGGGGAGAGGCUGCUCGGAGGGAAUGGAGAGUCAGGGCUGGAAUGUGGCUAGCUCUUGAUUCUCAGAAGUGAGUGAAGGCAGGAGACCUCCCACAUCCCAUCCUUGCUUUCAGUGCAUGUGCAUGGCUCUUUGCAGCAGGGGGGCUCAGGGCCUAAUGUGCAAGUUUCUCCUGGGGACAGCAGCACCUGCAGAGCAAAAGUGCCACCGGUGCCCACGAGGCUACUUGCAGUAGGAAGUUCUGUGCCAGGUGGAUGGAAGUUGGAAGGCUGGAGUCCUGCAGAACUGGCUGCUUCUCUCACCAGGGCCUGAAGUGUGUUUCUGAUCUAAUGGCAAGUAACUGGCCCUGGCUGGGCUCUGGAAGGCAGGACCUGAGCCUCUGACUACAAGGAGAAGUUCUGGGGUUGCUGCUUGGGGCAUGGAAACGGCCUCAGAACAGGAGCCUUGCACAGUUGCCAUUUUUAGUCUGGAACUGAGACCCCUUCAGCACCUUCCUGUGCUCUGCAGCUGAGCUGAGUGCUCCUGCAGACCUGCCCAUGGCUUGUAAGGAGGACUAACAGGCAUGUGUGGAAGAUGAUGUGGUGAGAAGCCAGUGUGGGAUGACAUCUGCUCUCCAAAGGAGCCAGUAUCUCUAGGGGUAACACACCUACCCUUCAGGUUAACUCCAAGGAGCAAAACCGUUGUGGCAAAUAGUCUUAAAGGCACUGCUGUUGUCUUUUACCUCCUGUUAAGAAACCUACUUUGCAAAGGUUAACAGUCCCCUGGACACUUGAUCCAAAGGUAGAUUGGGUGGCAAGCAAUGAUGCACAGACAUUGCCUUUUGCUCUCAUUUUUGUUCUCUUCAAGUGAGCAGUCCCCAUCCGGAGACCUGAGGGUCGAUGGAACUGGGGGGGGAUUUGUUGUUUGCUCCCUUUUUGGUUGGCAUUUAACUGGAUUGUAAUAAGAUUGAGUUAAAGUUCUUGAUUCUAAUCAGUGAUUAGAACAAAAAGAGGGGAAAAAAAAAAAAAGAGACAUGUAAAGAAUUUUCUGUACAGUAGAGGAACAAAGUGAGAUGAUUUUAAAAGGAUGAACCCCCUCCUCCCCCACCUCUCUCCCUCCAGACUAUCACCUGUCCUAGAAUUGGUUCUACUCAAAGAGUGACCUCUUACUAGCAUGGACUGCACUGUUCCUGUUCAAUGUUAAAUGCAUAAUUGAAUCCUUUUUUGGUUUGUUUCUGUAGAUAUUGUAUUAAAACCCAAGUGUCUGUAUAGUUAAUAUAUAGCUGCUUAUGUGUAAAUGCUAUUUUAAACACUAAAAAGCUUUUAAUUUUAUGUGAUAA